UGAAUAACAACGACAACAUUUAUUGGCGAUUGCACCUUGAAUUAAACAGACGUUACACAGACGCUGAUCUGCCUGCCAGUCUUAACGAAACACAGCUGGACUUACAUGCAUGAUAGCACUGUGUGCUGCACAUGAUGCCCGUGGACGAAGCCUGGAGGAGGCGGUGUUCCCCGCCGGUGUCAGAGAGUCGCAGUCCCCAACCAUAACGCGGGCGCAGCUCUCGCAAGCAAAGCUGAGCGGCGGGCGAAGCAGCGCGGGAGGCUUCCCGAAGCGGCGACUUGGCGGAUCUUUCGUGAUUGCCCGCCCCGCGCUCCACCCCCGGCCAUGGCCGCUUGCUUCAGGCCGCGGAGCUUUCGAGCGUGGCCAGCCCUCCCCUGCCGCCGCCCUCCGCUGCUCCCGCAGCCGCUGCUCCCGGCCAGGCCGACUGCGGUGGGGCUUCCCGCGGGCGUGCACAUGAGCCGCGCAGGCCCCGGCCCGGCCAUGCUUCCCAGGGCUCUGGCGCGCUCCGAAGGCUUCGUGGGGGGCCGCUGGGUGAAGGCGGCGGCCGCUUUCCCCGUACGGGAUCCGGCCACCGGCGCGGAGCUGGCCCAGGUCGCGGACUGCGGGCCGGCGGAAGCUCAGGCCGCCGUGAGGGCCGCCUACGAAGCCGGCGCCGCCUGGAGCGCGGUCUCCGCCAAGGAAAGAGGUGUUUUGCUUCGUAAAUGGUACAGUUUAAUGAUAGAGAAUAAAGAUGACCUUGCAAAGAUAAUUACCGCAGAGAAUGGGAAACCACUCAAAGAAGCUCAAGGUGAAAUUCUCUACUCUGCUUCCUUCUUGGAAUGGUUUGCUGAGGAAGCUCGACGGACUUACGGUGACAUCAUUCCAUCUCCUGCCAAAGACCGACGAAUUCUAGUGCUGAAGCAGCCGGUGGGCGUUGCUGCCAUCAUUACUCCUUGGAAUUUCCCAAGCGCUAUGAUUACAAGGAAAGUGGGUGCAGCUCUGGCUGCUGGCUGCACAGUGGUAGUGAAACCAGCAGAAGAUACACCUUUAUCUGCUUUAGCACUUGCUGAGCUUGCGAAUCAGGCUGGAAUUCCUGCAGGAGUAUAUAAUGUUAUUCCAUGUUCUAGGCAGCAGGCAGCAGCAGUUGGGGAAUUUCUGUGCACUGAUCCCUUGGUAGCCAAAAUCUCUUUUACUGGAUCAACAGCUACAGGAAAGAUACUGCUGCGUCAUGCUGCUGGCACUGUGAAGAGAGUCUCCAUGGAGCUUGGCGGACAUGCUCCAUUCAUAGUGUUUGACAGCGCUGAUGUAGACAAAGCAGUUGCAGGAGCUUUAGCUUCUAAAUACAGAAACUCUGGCCAGACCUGUGUAUGUACAAACCGCUUCUUGGUGCAAAAAGGGAUCCAUGAUGCAUUUGUGGAAAAGUUUGCACAAGCCAUUAAGAAAGAGCUGCGUGUUGGCAAUGGAUUUGAAGAGGGGACUACCCAGGGGCCCCUCAUUAAUGAAAAAGCUGUGGAAAAGGUUGAGAAACACGUUGAUGAUGCAGUUUCCCAAGGAGCAUCCAUAAUUACAGGAGGAAAAAGACACAGUUAUGGAAAAAACUUUUUUGAGCCAACUCUACUCAGCAAUGUCACAACAGGCAUGUUGUGUACACAAGAAGAGACUUUUGGUCCUUUGGCACCUGUUAUCAAGUUUAAUACAGAGGAAGAAGCUCUUGCCAUAGCAAAUUCAGCCAACGUGGGCUUAGCAGGUUAUUUCUACUCUCGGGACCCUGCUCAGAUUUGGAGAGUUGCAGAGCGCUUGGAGGUUGGAAUGGUUGGCAUUAAUGAAGGAAUCGUGUCUUCUGUAGAGUGUCCUUUUGGUGGCAUAAAACAAUCUGGGCUUGGAAGAGAAGGAUCAAAAUAUGGUGUCGAUGAAUAUUUGGAAAUAAAGUAUGUUUGUUUUGGAGGCUUACAGUAGCCAUUAUGAAUAUGAAACCGAGGUACAGCUAGAAAUUGUUUUGGAACAUUUACAAGUGAUGUACAUAAACAUUGAGUUUCCCCCACGAACGUGAAGGAAAUUACGUUUAUGCAGAUAAGUUUUUAUCUACAAUUAUGAUAGUAUAUC